GUUGUAACUGCGUAAUUUAAAAUUGAAAUAGGUUGAAAGCAAAAUAAAGAUGAAGCUGAAGUAUUCUAAAACACUAUUGGAAGCACAGGACAUUGAGAGCCCGAUAGCAGAUAUCUGCUGGUCACCUAACAACGUAAAGCUGGCAGUAGCUACAUGUGACCGAUUGGUGUUAUUAUUUGACCGUGAGGGAACGCGUAGGGAUAAGUUUGCAACGAAACCUGCUGAUCCUGCUGCAGGGAAAAAGUCAUAUGUUAUAACAAAUUUGUCAUUCAGUGAGAACUCAGAUUUGUUAGGCGUGGCUCAGAGUGACAACAUGGUGUUCGUGUAUCGCGUAGGAGCUGAUUGGAGCGGAAAGAAAGUGAUCUGUAAUAAGUUUCCAUUGACUGGCGCUCCUAUGUCACUGCUACCAGCAGACAACGGGUUUUAUACUGGCACAACUGAUGGGAAGAUAAGAUCUCUGGAUUGCAAGAGUAACAAAAGCAGUAGUAUGUGGACCGGGGGUGCUUGCUGCGUGUCGUUGGCUCGUGGCGGCGAGGGUACUCUCGCAUCAGGCCAUAUCGACGGCACUCUCUACCUUAACGGACGACUUUUAUUGCGAUAUGCAUUACCUCCAACUGCUCUUGUUCUACUGCCCCCUUAUCUCAUUGUGGGAUCUUGCGACGGUCGCGUGUCUGUAUAUGAAGCGCAGCGUGGUGCUCUUCUGCGCAGUUUGGAACCUCAGUUACCACCUGAUCGACGCGAUCUCAUAUCUGCAGCCCCCAGUCCAUCAGGGCAGACGCUGGCGUUUGGCGUGUUCGAUGGUUGCUUAGUAGGCGAGCUGAAGGAAUCUGGCGGCGUAGAGUUGUCCAUGUUGAAUAUACCAAACUUGUAUGCGUCGCGAGCGCUGGCGUGGAGCGGGGACGGCACUAAACUGGCACUCGCUUCACAAACGGGAGCUGUUAUACAACUUGAGGCUGUGUUGAGACGCUGGGUUUGGCGCGACUCAGUGGAGGUACAGCACGUGAGUGGUCGCCAGUUGGUGCUGUCACGACUGGCUAACGACGCGCCCCCCCUCACUGUCACCACUAAACAGGCACCCGAUAUAUUCAACGUGCGGUUUAUUGGUAACGAUUGGUACGCUGUAUGCCGUACUAGCUCAACAUUGAUAUUAUGUGACAUCGCGCGAGGUUUGACGAGUGAGAUUCCAUGGUCUGGUAGUGGUGAGAGGGUCUAUGCAGCUGUUGGCGGCGCUUGUCUAUUGCAUCGAGCGGGUGAACUAAGCGUAGUAGAAUAUGGACUUGAUAAAGUGCUACAUACGGUUCGGACGGAGCGCGUUAACCCCCACGUGCUGAGCGUCCGUAUAAACGAAGGCGCUACAGGUGGAACGGAGAUGGGCGAUCGCAAGCAUCUCGCCUACUUACUUGAUAGGCAGACCAUUGCUGUAGUCGAUCUUACUACUGGAAUUCAAUUGGGGCAAUGGUGGCACGAAGCUAGAGUCGACUGGCUCGAGUUGAACGAGAGUGGACAACUUCUGUUGCUGAGAGACACGAGGCGAAGACUGGCUUUAUUGCGUCUCGACAGUGGAGAGAAGGAAAUCAUAGCCAGUGGAGUUUCUUUCGUGCAGUGGAUUGAAAAUAGUGAUGCAGUUGUAGCUCAAACACCGACUCAUUUGCUUGUAUGGUAUAGUGCCUGGGACCCCAGCAGUGUUGAAAUGGCGGAGUGCGGCGGCGCUGUCGCCGUCGAAGUUAUCUCAAGACGCGUUGUACUAGAAGGAGGACUACUGCCUUAUUUGCAGCUAGAUGAACAUCGACUCGCCUUUAACAAUGCUCUUCGUAACGGUGAUCUCGCCGGGUGUGCCCGAUACUUGGACGGUGUCGGCAACAACGCGGACGUGGCUCCGUUGUGGAGACAGCUAGCUGAACGUGCACUCGCCAAUGACGAUGUCCAAUUGGCUGCCAAAUGUUACCGAGAAGUGGAUGAUGUAGCUCGCACGUUCUACUUGGAGAAAACCGUCGAAUUGGCUGCGGAUGAAGGCGAUGGUGACGUUACAGUUGGAUUAAAUAACGCUCUAGUGAGAGCUCGCUUAGCGAUAUUCGAAGGAGAUUUAUCAGCGGCAGAGGAAUGUUACGUACGUCGAGCAAGUCGGCCCGAUCUGGCCGUGAACAUGUAUAAGAUGUUUAAUAAGUGGACGGAGGCCAUCGCACUCGCUGAGAGGACCGACCGAGCCUCCGUGGCUACGCUCAAACAACAACACAUGGAUUAUUUGACAUCUACUGGUCGGCUGGGGGAAGCAGGAGCAGUAUUGGCGUCGUCGGGCGACGUGCAGGGCGCGGUACGCCUCUGGUUGCGCGGCGGACGGUCGCGGCGCGCGGCCGCCCUGCUGUUGCUACAUCCACAGCUACUGCGCGACACCGACCUACUCGACGCUGUACACACGCAACUUAUACAGGAAGAAUGGUGGGAGACGGCGGGCGAAAUAUCCGAGCGUAAAGGUGACACUCGUGCCGCAGUCGAGUACUACGCCAAGGGAAAUAAUUAUGCACGAGCUGUUCAACUGGCUAGAGAGACGGAUUAUGAUGGUAAGCAAUCAGCGCCGCCCAUGGACAGCUGCAAACAACAGAGGAGUUACGAGUGCGUUGCCGACCUUUUGCGGAUUUUGAUUUUGGAGGUCAGGGGAAGGCCUCCGGCAUGCCCAGGUGAGGUGACGCGGUUGGAAGGUGAGUGGGGAGCGUGGCUGGUGUCGGGGCGGCAGGCGGGGGCCGCCGUGCCGCACCUCAUCGAGGCCGGACAGCCGCGCGCCGCGCUCGACGCCGCGCUCGCCGCGCAUCACCAUAGGAAGGCUCUCCAGAUAUUACAGGCUAUAGACGAUAAAGAGUCCAUCAGGGAGCAGUGUGAGAAACUUGGUGAUCAUUUCAUAUCUACCCGGGAAUGGGAGACAGCGGAACGUGUGCUAGUAUCGUGUGGUAUGUCGGAGCGCUGCGUUCGAGCAUACAACAGCGCGGGCCGCGUCGCUGACGGCCUGCGACUGGCCGCCGCUCAGCUGUCCGAGGAACAAACCCGGGACAUUUACAUGCCACUCGCACAACAACUGCGACAGGACGGACAAUUACGGAAGGCAGAACAAAUAUACAUCGGUCUCGGGGAACCAGAUGAAGCUAUUUCUAUGUACAAGGAGGCGUCUCAAUACGAAGCGAUGCUACGUCUCGUAGCAGUGCACCGUAGCUCCCUGCUGGAGGCUACGCGGCGUCACGUAGCACAGGCUUUACACGCUUCGGGAGAUCUGCGCGCCGCCGAGAAUUAUUAUAUUCAGGCUGGUUAG